GUCAUGAUGACUGUGCCAGCAGCCAGUGCCUAUGUGCUAUGGAAACAGGCGCGGGUACAUUAGCAAACCGGGACGGAUGAACACGUUUCCUCGUCGAUCCGGUAGCGGGUGGAUCAUUUCGACCCGAACGAAAACUUAAAAAACCAGAGUCGCAGCGUCACGUUAGAGCAGUCGGAGAAUGAUUCAGCGACUUAUUCCGCGUUUCAGCCCGCUGGUCAACUAACGCCUGCUAGCCUGCUAGCUAACGCGUGCCACGGCUGUGUGGCUGGAAACAGGCUGGCCCGAGCCCGAACAAAGUGACUGUACCAUUUCCAGGUAAUGUGACUGGAACAUGCUGUUGAGUGGGAAUUGCCAAAUUAUUUUCUGAGCAGCAAACCGAGAUUAUCGACAAUGAAGGUCGACAGAAGCAAGUUAAAGAAAACUCCAACGGAGGCUCCUGCGGACUGCAGGAUACUCAUAGAGAAGCUCAAAGCAUGCAGUGAUGAGCAACUGCUGGUUGAACUACAACACAUCAAGACCUGGAAUAUUGGCAAGUGUGAGCUCUACCAUUGGGUGGAUCUUUUGGACCGCUUUGAUGGCAUUCUCUGUGAUGCGGGCCAGACAGUGGAGAAUAUGUCCUGGCUGCUGGUGUGUGACCGUCCAGACAACGGACAGCUCAAAGCCUUGCUGCUGGCAGUGCUGAACUUCACAGCCUUGCUCAUUGAGUAUAGCUUCUCUCGGCACCUCUACAGCUCCAUAGAGCACUUAACCACCUUGCUAGCAUCAUGCGACAUGCAGGUAGUCCUCUCUGUGCUGAACCUCCUAUACGUGUUCAGCAAACGUUCCAACUACAUCACCAGACUGGGAUCGGACAAACGGACACCUCUCCUGGCACGGUUGCAGCACCUGGCCGAGAGCUGGGGUGGAAAGGAGAAUGGCUUUGGUCUGGCUGAAUGCUGCAGAGAUCUGCCUAUGACACAGAAAUAUCCUCCCAGUGCCACCACACUGCACUUUGAGUUUUACGCCGAACCCGGCCCAGAAGUCAAAGUGGAGAGGAAGCAGACAAGUAGUAACACACUACACUAUAUUCACAUCGAGCAGCUUGACAAGAUUUCAGAAAGCCCGUCUGAGAUCAUGGAGUCGCUGACAGUGAUGUACAGCAUCCCGAAAGACAAACAGACCCUUCUGUUCACACACAUUCGACUGGCUCACGGCUUUUCAAAUCACAAGAAGAGGUUGCAGGCUGUGCAGGCCCGACUGCACGCCAUCUCUAUACUAGUGUAUUCAAAUGCACUCCAAGAGUCGGCCAACAGUAUUCUGUAUAAUGGCUUGAUAGAGGAGCUUGUGGAUGUCUUGCAGAUCACAGACAAACAGCUUGUGGAUAUCAAGGCAGCAUCUUUGCGCACUUUAACGUCCAUUGUUCACCUGGAAAGGACGCCUAAACUGAGUAACAUCAUUGACUGCACUGGCACUGCCUCCUACCACGGCUUCCUGCCCGUGUUGGUGCGCAACUGUAUCCAAGCAAUGAUCGAUCCUCUGAUGGAGCCGUACCCACACCAGUUUGCCACUGCACUGUUCUCAUUCCUGUACCACUUGGCUAGCUACGAUGCUGGAGGGGAAGCCCUUGUCUCCUGUGGCAUGAUGGAAGCCCUGCUCAAGGUGAUCAAGUUCUUGGGUGAUGAGCAGGACCAGAUCACCUUUGUGACCAGAGCAGUGCGAGUCGUGGACCUCAUCACCAACCUUGACAUGGCUGCCUUUCAGUCUCACAGCGGCCUUUCCAUUUUCAUCUGCAGGCUAGAGCAUGAGGUGGACCUGUCGAGGAAAGAGUGCCCUUUUGUCAUCAAGCCAAAGAUUCAGCGGCCCAGCGCAACUGUGGAGUCUGAGGAUAUGGACACUGACAUGGAGAUGUCAGAAGUUGCCAUGGAGAGCAGCCCCGGACCAUCAACGUCUUCUGGUGCCAGACCGGAGGCAGAACACCGAGCGCAGAGCAGCACUGCUAACACGCCUCGUGCAGGUAUGCAGUGCAUCCCUCAGAGGGCAGCUCUGUUGAAGUCAAUGCUAAACUUCCUGAAGAAAGCCAUCCAGGACCCUGCCUUCUCUGAUGGCAUUCGCCAUGUAAUGGAUGGGUCCUUGCCUACCUCACUCAAGCACAUUAUCAGUAAUGCAGAAUAUUACGGCCCAUCACUGUUCCUUCUGGCGACGGAGGUGGUGACAGUGUUUGUGUUCCAGGAGCCAUCUCUCCUCUCCUCUCUGCAGGAUAAUGGUCUCACUGAUGUCAUGCUGCAUGCCCUUCUCAUCAAAGACGUUCCUGCUACCCGGGAAGUUUUGGGUUCUCUCCCAAAUGUGUUCAGUGCCCUCUGUCUGAAUGCAAGAGGCCUGCACUCCUUCGUUCAGUGCCAGCCCUUUGAACGCCUCUUCAAAGUGCUUUUGUCCCCUGACUAUCUGCCUGCCAUGCGACGGCGUCGUAGCUCUGAUCCUUUAGGUGACACUGCUUCCAACUUGGGUAGUGCUGUGGAUGAGCUCAUGAGGCACCAGCCUACUUUGAAGACAGAUGCUACUACUGCCAUUAUAAAGUUACUGGAGGAGAUCUGUAACCUAGGUCGAGCUCCUGAAUACAUCUGCCAGAAGCCGUCUAUCCAGAAAGCAGAUGGUACUGUGGCGGUGCCGCCAGCACGCUCCAGCCAUGCUGCGGAAGAAGCGUCAAGUGAGGAUGAAGAAGAGGAAGAGGCCCUGCACACAUUCAGCCAGCAGCAGGGAGAACCAGAGAGCAACAGACAGUCAGUGCCACUUGAACUGGUGGUUGGCACUGAAGAACGCAUACCCAUUCCUUUAAUGGAUUACAUUCUGAAUGUGAUGAAGUUUGUGGAAUCCAUCCUGAGCAACAACACCACAGACGACCACUGUCAGGAGUUUGUGAACCAGAAGGGGCUCCUUCCACUGGUCUCUAUUCUGGGCCUGCCCAACCUACCCAUCGACUUCCCCACGUCAGCCGCCUGCCAGGCUGUGGCUGGUGUCUGCAAAUCCAUAUUGACGCUCUCACAUGAGCCCAAGGUUCUUCAGGAGGGCCUUUGCCAACUGGACAGUAUUUUAACCUCUCUGGAACCACUUCACCGACCAAUCGAGGUGCCUGGUGGCUCCGUGCUCCUCAGAGAGCUGGCCAACGCGGGCCACGUGACCGACGCCACGCUGUCGGCCCGCGCUACGCCGCUGCUUCACGCUCUCACUGCAGCACACGCCUACAUCCUCAUGUUCGUCCAUACCUGCAGAGUAGGACAGAGCGAGAUCAGAGCGAUCUCCGUCAACCAGUGGGGAUCACAGCUGGGCUUAAGUGUCCUCAACAAGCUGAGUCAGCUCUACUGCUCCCUGGUGUGGGAAAGCACUGUGCUGCUGUCCCUUUGCACUCCCAACAGUCUGCCUCCUGGAUGUGAGUUUGGCCAGGCCGACAUGCAGAAGCUGGUACCCAAAGAGGAGAAGCCAUCUGGCAGCACUGCAGCCGCUUCAGCCUCUGGCUCCAGGAGAACUGCAGAAUCUGAGGCAGUGUCUGUGGAUUCAUCUGCCGGUGGACUGUUGGAAGGCAUGGGUCUAGAUGGAGACACCUUGGCUCCUAUGGAGACAGACGAACCCUCUGCGACAGAUCCAAAGGCCAAAUCAAAACUAACACCAGCAAUGGCCACCCGCAUCAAACAAAUCAAACCAUUGCUCUCUGCUUCAUCUCGACUGGGGAGAGCUCUGGCUGAACUCUUCGGCCUGCUGGUGAAGCUGUGUGUGGGUUCCCCGGUGCGCCAACGCCGCUCCCACCACGCCACGAGCACAGGCACGACGCCGACGCCUGCUGCCCGGGCCACUGCCUCGGCCCUCACAAAGCUCCUCACCAAGGGUUUGAGCUGGCAGCCUCCACCCUACACACCCACCCCUCGAUUCAGGCUGACCUUCUUCAUCUGCUCGGUGGGCUUCACAUCACCCAUGCUGUUCGAUGAGAGAAAGUACCCCUAUCAUCUCAUGCUGCAAAAGUUCUUUUGCUCUGGGGGUCACGAUGCCUUAUUUGAGACAUUUAACUGGGCCCUGUCAAUGGGUGGAAAGGUGCCUGUGUCUGAGGGUCUGGAGCACACUGACCUGCCAGAUGGGACAGGGGAGUUCCUGGAUGCCUGGUUAAUGCUGGUGGAGAAGAUGGUUAAUCCGAGCACUGUGUUGGACUCGCCACAUUCCCUCCCAGCUAAAAUGCCUGGGGUGACGCCCACGAUGCCUCAGUUCAGCGCCCUUCGGUUCCUCAUCGUCACUCAGAAGGCUGCAUUCAGCUGCAUCCGCAGUCUGUGGAAUAGGAAGCCCUUGAAGGUUUAUGGUGGGAGGAUGGCUGAGUCCAUGCUGGCUAUCCUCUGCCACAUCCUGAGAGGGGAGCCAGUCAUUCAGGAGCGCCUGGCAAAGGAGAAAGAGGGGACGGUGCGCCCGGACGAGGAGGGGACCUCCUCCAGUUCUCUGGCACCCAGCGUUGCUCCAGGAGCAUCUUCAGCAGGCGGUGAGGCACCUGCAGCCAGCGGAACCCCUUCUGCAGCGCCUACAGGAGGCUCAGCGGACGAUUCCACCAAUUCGACUCCUCGCCGCGAGCCGCAGGUUAACCAGGCUCAGCUCACGCAGCUCAUGGAUAUGGGCUUCUCAAGAGAGCAUGCCAUGGAGGCUCUCCUGAACACCAGCACCAUGGAGCAGGCCACAGAGUACCUGCUCACCCACCCUCCUCCACUUCUUGGCGGAGCAGUCAGAGACCUGACGAUGUCGGAGGAAGACCAAAUGAUGAGGGCCAUUGCCAUGUCACUUGGACAAGAGGUCAGCAUGGAGCAACGCUCUGACUCACCUGAGGAAGCGGCGCGCCGUCGUGAGGAAGAAGACCGGAGGGCCAGGGAGCGAGCGGAGGAGGAGGAGGCCCGCUGCUUGGAGCGCUUCAUGGAGACUGAGCCACUGGAUCCCCAGGAGCUUCACGCCUUCACCGACUCCAUGCUGCCCGGCUGCUUCCAUCUCCUGGAUGAGCUUCCCGACACAGUUUACCGACUGUGCGAUCUACUGAUGACCGCCAUCAAGAGGAGCGGCCCAGAGUACAGGGACCUUAUUCUAGGCCAAGUUGUCAACCAGGUGUGGGAGGCAGCUGACGUGCUGAUCAAGGCAGCUGAGCCCCUAACGACCAGCGACACAAAGACAGUAUCUGAGUGGACCAGACAGAUGGCCACACUUCCCCAGGCCUCCAAGCUGGCAACAAGGAUCUUGCUGCUUACGCUGCUCUUUGAGGAACUGAAGUUAUUAGGGGCCAGAGUGGUGGAGAACAGUGGCAUUCUCGACUUGUUGAUUAAGCUACUUGAAGUUGUGCAGCCCUGCCUGCAAGCAGCAAAAGAACACAAAGACAUCCAGACGCCAAAAUGGAUCACACCCGUGCUGUUGAUCAUUGACUUUUAUGAGAAGAUGGCAGUUUCUUCAAAGCGGCGAGAACAGAUGAACAAGUAUCUGCAGCCCAAUGGAAAUAACUGGCGGUGGUUCGAUGACCGCUCCGGCCGCUGGUGCAGCUACAGCGCUUCCAACAACAGCACCAUAGACUCAGCAUGGAGGGCUGGAGAGAGCAGUGUACGCUUCACAGCUGGCCGGCGGAGAUACACUGUGCAGUUCAACACCAUGGUGCAGGUAAAUGAAGAGACUGGCAACAGGAGGCCCGUGAUGUUGACCGUACAGAGAGUGCCUCGCAUUUCCAAGCCUUCCAAGACUGGUAGUGCUGCCGACUCGGAGAGAGAGGAGGGAGACCGAACCAAAGCAGAGGAAACCCAGACAGACAUAGACUCGGGGACAGCCGUGGAGAUGAGCGCUCCAAAAGAUGAUUCAAGCCAGUUGAAGGAGACCACAACUGGCCCCUCAUCCUCCCUCGAGUCUGACUACACUCAGGGAACCGAUAUCGUUGUGCAAGGUCUGUCGGAGGACAUGACCACAGUUCUUAUUCGGGCCUGUGUCAGUAUGAUCAGUGUUCCUGUUGACCCAGACACCCUUCAUGCCACACUGCGUCUGUGUUUACGCCUUACCCGAAAUCACCACUAUGCAAUGAUGUUUGCCGAGUUGAAGAGCACACGGAUGAUUCUGGGGCUGACUCAAAGCUCCGGCUUCAAUGGCUUCACCCCACUCGUCACUCUGCUGUUCCGACACAUCAUCGAAGAUCCCGCCACGCUGCGCCACACGAUGGAGAAGGUGGUGAGGUCGGCUGUGACCAGUGGAGCAGGUAGCACCACCUCAGGAGUCGUCUCCGGCAGCCUCGGCUCCAGGGAAAUCAACUAUAUCCUCCGUGUCCUGGGCCCUGCUGCUUGCCGCAACCCUGAGUGCUUUGCUGAAACUGCCAGCAAUUGUGUCCGCAUUGCUCUCCCUGCGCCCCGCGGAGCCGGAACAACCUCCGAUGAUGAGUUUGAGAACCUUCGGAUUAAAGGGCCAAAUGCUGUGCAGCUGGUGAAGACAACUCCUCUGAAACUGUCUGCUUUGCCGACGAUCCCUGACACGAUUAAGGAGGUCAUUUAUGACAUGCUCAAUGCGCUGGCGGCCUACCAUGCGCCCGAAGAACCCGAGCGUCCAGAAGAGCGUGCUGCAGCGGUGCCCGGUGCUCAGGACCUGUGUCAGAUUUUGCAAGACGUAGGUGAUGAUGUUUACCAGCAGUAUCGACUCACUCGGCAGGGCAGUGACUUUGACUCCCAGUCUGCAUUCCAUAUCAAUACUCAAGUGUUUUCUGCUGAUGGAGGUGUGGCUGAGUCUUCACAGUCAGGCACGCCACAAGGAGAAGCCUCCACACCAGAAGAAAUGCGAGAGGAGAAGAAAGAACAGGAGGGAGAAAAGAGUACCACCUCAGAAGAAAGCAAAGCAGCCAAGGUGAAGGCAAGCAAGCCUUUGAUGCCGACCUCGACCAUCCUGAGACUGCUGGCUGAGCUGGUGCGCUCCUAUGUGGGCAUUGCCACACUGAUCGCCUCCUACUGCUACACAGCUGGCCAGUCGGAGCUCAUUAAGGAGGACUGCAGUGUUUUAGCCUUUGUGCUUGAUCACCUGCUGCCACACACCCAGAACUCGGAGGACAAGGACACCCCGGCUUUGGCACGCCUCUUCCUUGCCAGCCUUGCAGCUGCUGGCACGGGCACUGAUGCUCAGGUGGCCCUGGUGAACGAGGUGAAGGCUGCCCUCAGUCGAGCCCUGGCAAUGACUGAAGGUGCAGAGAAACAUGCCAGACUUCAGGCAGUGAUGUGCAUCAUCAGCACCAUCAUGGAGUCGUGCCCCUCCACGUCCAGUUUUUACAGCACAGCCGCAGCCAAGACUCAGCAUAACGGCAUGAACAACAUCAUCAGGCUCUUCCUCAAAAAAGGACUGGUCAACGACUUGGCUCGUGUGCCUCACAGCUUGGAUUUGUCAAGUCCCAACAUGGCCAACACAGUGAAUGCUGCCCUGAAGCCUCUGGAGACUCUGUCCCGCAUCGUGAACCAGCCCAGCAGUCUAUUUGGAGGCAAAGGAGGCUCCAGUAAGAACAAGACGGAGCACGACACUGUGGGCACCGCACGGGACAGCAACAGCAACACUCAGGACCAAGGGGAGUCUGGUGAGGCAGAGCCAGUGGAUGGAAGCCACAGGGUGCAGGGAACAGACACCGACCUCAUGGAUGGAGAAACAGAGGGAGACACUGUGGUCAUUGCCGGGCAGCCAGAAGUUCUCAGCACACAAGCUAUGCAGGUGGAGAAUGAGCUGGUGGAUCUGAUUGACGAGUUGCUGGAAAGAGAUGCCGGCACUGUGAACAGCACAAUUAUUGUGGGACGCAGUGGUGAAGAUGAAUCACAAGAGGAUGUGUUGAUGGAUGAAGCGCCUUCCAACAUUAGUCAGGCAUCCACGCUUCAGGCCAACCGUGAAGAUUCCAUGAACAUCCUGGAACCAGAGGAUGAGGAGCACACACAGGAAGAGGAUUCCAGUGGCAGCAAUGACGACGAAGACAGCCAGGAUGAAGAAGAGGAGGAGGAGGAAGAGGAAGAAGAGGAUCAGGACGACGAAGAAGGGGACGAGGAUGAUGAUGAUGAAGGCUCAGAGAUGGAGUUGGAUGAAGAUUUCCCCGACAUCAACGCUGCGCCACACAUCCGCUUCGAACGAUUCGACAGGGAUGACGACCUCAUCAUCGAGUUUGACAACAUGUUCUCCAACAAUGCUGACAUCCCUCCCUCCCCAGGAAACAUCCCUAGCUCCCACCCACUGAUGGUGCGUCACGCUGACCACGGUUCCCUCACCCUAGGUGUGGCGGGCACCAGCAGCCGCCUGGCGCAGGGUAUGGGCCGCAGCCAGCGUACUCUGCGCCAGCUCACUGCAAACAGUGGACACACCAUACAUGUCCACUAUCCUGGCAACCGCCAGCCCAACCCGCCACUCAUCCUGCAGAGAUUGUUGGGCCCCAGUGCAGCAGCAGACAUUCUGCAGCUUUCCAGCUCUUUGCCUCUUCAGUCUCGCGGCCGUGCACGCCUCCUGGUUGGAAAUGAGGACGUGCAUAUUAUCGCUCGUUCUGAUGACGAGCUGUUGGAUGACUUUUUCCAUGAGCAGAGCAGUACUGGGGGACAAGCAGGCACCCUCUCAAGUAUUCCCACUGCUUUAACUCGAUGGACUGAUGAGUGUAAAGUGCUAGAUGCUGAGAGCAUGCACGACUGUGUGGCAGUGGUGAAGGUGCCUAUCCUGCAGCAUCUGGAGAACUUACGAGAUGAGGAGCUGGAGGAGCGCAGGGAGAAGAGGAGGAGGCAGCUGGCUGAGGAGGAGGAGUCCAAGCAGAACGAGAGGAGGGCUUCGGGUGCAGAACAGGCCAGAGAACAGAACCUGCAGGGUUCUGGAUUGGGGGCUGUUAAUGGUGCGGAGAACACUGCAGAGGGCGAGCAGGCCCAGGGUGGCUCGGUGUCCUGUCUGGACCCACCCAGGGUCUCGGAGGGCUUCCUCACCGCCCCGCCGUCUGGAGAAGUCACUCCCACCACACCUGCGCCCCACGAGCAGGCCCUAGUCUCUCUGGAGACGGCCAUCAGUCAGCAGGUCCACCAGCCUAUAUCUGACCUGCUCCUGGCAGAGUCGCACGCCAGCACGCUGGCUGUUCUGGCGCGGGCCGGCCUUCCUCCCCUGUCGGCAGCCGACAGGCCGAGCAGUGAAGCAGAGGCAUCUCAGAUGGAAAUGUCCCCGGCACCCACAAUCGGUGAGAGAGUCGGAGGAGGAGGAGGUGGUGGUGGAGGAGCGUUGGAUGAAGGCAGGGAAGCUUCCCUGAGUCCAGACAUUGUGGAGAAUGCAGAGCCAGCAGCAGUUGGCGUGUCACAGCUUGAGGGGUCACCUAUGGAUACCAGCAGCCCCGCGUCCGCCACCCAAGAAGAAGCUGCUCCCAAUCCAGCUCAAACCACCCAGCUGUCCCAGGAGCUGUCCGGCAGUGGGGAGAGCGGCCUGACCGACAGGCAGACCGAUGCUGAUACUGGUUCUACUUCGGUUUCAUCUCCUGGGGAAACGAUGCCUCGGAGCGACAGCGCUGACAGCCAGUCUCAGGCUAUUCAGGAGGAGCCGCUUCCAUCCACCAGCAACGAAGAUGAGGAUCCGCUGGCAGGUAUCAGUUUGCCAGAGGGUGUAGACCCCUCCUUCCUGGCAGCUCUUCCCGAGGACAUCCGUCGAGAAGUGCUGCAGAAUCAACUUGGCAUCAGGCCGCCUUCCCGUCCUCCUGCUGCUACAACCCUCCCCACGUCUACUGCACCUGUGCUGGGAGGACCAGGGGUGACGGAGGUCAGCCCCGAGUUCCUGGCGGCUUUGCCACCUGCCAUCCAGGAGGAGGUUCUUGCCCAGCAGCGAGCCGAGCAGCAGCGUCGGGAGCUCGCCCAGCAGCCCCCACAGGGAGACACCCCGCUGGAUCCAGUCACUUUCAUCCAGACUUUGCCCUCGGAGCUCCGUCGCAGUGUCCUGGAGGACAUGGAGGACAGCGUGCUGGCUGUCAUGCCCCCAGACAUCGCCGCCGAAGCCGCCGCACUGCGCCGAGAACAGGAAGCGCGCCAGAGGCAACUGAUGCACGAGAGGCUGUUCGGCCACAGCUCGUCUUCAGCUCUGUCGGCCAUCCUGCGUUCUCCAGCCUUCACGAGCCGGCUGGGGAGCAACCGUGGCGUCCAGUACACUCGACUGGCUGUGCAGAGAGGCGGCACAUUUCAGAUGGGAGGAGGAACAAACCACAGACCGUCUAGUUCAAGCGUGGACUCGUUGCUGCGCCUGCGCGGACGGCUGCUGCUCGACCACGAGGCCUUGUCCUGCCUGCUGGUCCUGCUGUUCGUGGACGAGCCAAAGCUGAACACCAGCCGCCUGCACCGCGUGCUCAGGAACCUGUGCUACCACUCGCAGACACGCGGAUGGGUGAUCCGCAGCCUGCUGUCCAUCCUGCAGCGCAGCAGCGAGAGCGAGGUGUGUGUGGAGACCUCUCGUCUGGAAGACUCCCGGGGCAAGAGGAGCGCCCAGGGCGGCUGUGGAGGAAAGGGCUCGGCGGCAUCCUCCCUCUCGUCGUCGUCCUCGUCCUACUCGUCCUCCUCCUUGCAGCUGCUGAACAGGGUGGAGUCGCGCAGCUCCAGCCAGCUCUCCUGGCUCUCCGUUUCUAUGGAUGCAGCCCUGGGCUGCCGGACAAAUAUUUUCCAGAUUCAGAGAGCGUCGGGUCGGAAGCACGCCGACCGGCACUCCACCGGGAGCUCCACAGCAUCCGGCGCGCUGGGCGGAGGCGUGUCCAGCACUGCAGCGGGAGUGACCUGCGCUGGAGGUGGAGGCUCUACCGUCCACAUCCACCCUCAGGCAGCUCCGGUGGUCUGUCGACACGUGCUGGACACGCUCAUCCAGCUAGCGAAGGUUUUCCCGAGCCACUUCACCCAGCAGCGCUGUAAAGAUCUGUCAGCUUCGUCAUCUGACCUGGAUUCUCGUCUCUGUUCCGGCCCCUCAGCGGGAGGGGGAGGGGGUGGAGGUGGGGGCGGGGGCUCCAGGUCAGGAUCGCUGUCCCAGAGCAACCCCAAUGCCUCAAACACCCAGAAUUCCUUGGGGUCCUCUGUUGCCACUCCGCAGUCUUUAGGAAUCUCUACUGAUUUUUGGGACCUGCUGGUCAAGCUCGACAACAUGAAUGUGAGCCGCAAGGGCAAAGCCUCGAUGAAGACGGUGCCCCUGGGCGGCAGCGCCGAGGCCGAGGGAGCCCAGUUCAGCUUAGAGACCUCCCCCCUGGGCCAGCUGAUGAACAUGCUGUCCCACCCCGUCAUCAGACGGAGUUCCUUGCUCACCGAAAAGCUGCUGCGCUUGCUCUCCCUCAUAUCCAUUGCCCUUCCCGACAACAAGGCCACCGAGGUGCCGGCGGGACACCCCACCCCGCAGGCCGCCAACCCCAGCACGGCCGCCAGCUCAGGAGCCACGGCCUCAGGCCCGACGCAGACCGUGGUGUCAGUCGGGUCCAUCCAGCCGACCGUGACGGUCCCCGGAGCUUCUGCUGGAGCCGCAGCCCAGGGGUCAUCCUCAGGGACGAGUCUAGUAACAUCCCAGACAUCCUCCACCACAAUCUGUAUACCUACGUCUACUGGAACGAGCUCGACAGGAAAACAGAGGGGCACUACGGGCAGUACAGAGAGUGACAAGAUGGCUUCCAGUGGACUCACAGAGAAACAGCUUCAGCUUUCUGUGGAGGUGCUGACAUCUCACUCGUGUUCAGAGGAGGGUCUGGAGGACGCAGCAAACAUUCUGCUGCAACUGUCCAGAGGAGACGGAGCCACCCGGGACACCGUGCUGAGGCUGCUGCUCAGCGGAGCGAGGCACCUCGGAUACACGCUGUGCAAACAGAUCGGCACAUUACUGGCUGAGCUGCGGGAGUAUAACCUGGAGCAGCAGAGACGAGCACAGGCAGAUUCUCACUCCCCGGAUGCCCCUCCGGAGGAUUCCUCCAUAUCGGCCAGACUGAAGGGGAAGAUGACCAGCAGGCCGGGGCACAGGUUCGAUGGUUCGGAGAGUGUGGUGAUUGUGGCUGCCCAGAAACGCACACUAGGAGGCCGCGAGUUACAGCUCCCCUGCAUGAGCUCCCUGACCUCCAAAACGUCCACGCAGAAGUUUUUCUUGCGAGUGCUGCAGGUGAUCAUCCAGCUGCGUGAGGACACGCGCCGCGCCAACAAGAAAGCCAAACAGACCGGUCGAUUAGGCUCCAGCAGUUUGGGCUCUGCCAGCAGCAUCCAGGCUGCAGUGCGUCAGCUGGAGGCCGAAGCCGACGCCAUCAUCCAGAUGGUGAGAGAGGGACAGAGGGCGCGCCGGCUCCAACAGGCCCCCCCGCCCACCGCCCCUUCUGCCUCUGCCGCCGCCGCCGCCGCUGGAUCCUCAGUGGCAGCGCCACAUGCUCCCACUGGUGCUGCUCCCCCUGCUGGCACGGCUGCUGCUGCCACGUCCGAGGUGCAGUCGGUGUCAGACGCUCAGGCAUCACAGAGGGAUGACUCUCCAAUGGAUGUGGACCAGCCGUCCCCUCUGGAGCAGGACCCUCCACCUCUGGAUGAAGAAGGAAAUGGUCAGUCGGAGAAUGAGGAGAGACUCCCAGACCUGCCUCUGCUGAGCGAGCAGCUGCUGCUGGAUGAACUGUGGGACAUGCUCGGGGAGUGCCUGAAGGAGCUGGAGGAGUCUCAUGACCAGCAUGCUGUGCUUGUGCUCCAGCCUGCGGUGGAGGCCUUCUUCUUAGUCCACGCCACAGAGCGAGAGAGCAAACCUCCCGUGAGGGACACACGGGAGAGCCAGCUGUCUCACAUCAAGGACGAGCCUCCUCCUCUGUCCCCCGCGCCCCUCACCCCCGCCACGCCGUCGUCCCUGGACCCGUUCUUCUCCAGGGAGCCUUCGUCCAUGCACAUCUCCUCAAACCUGCCGCCAGACACCCAGAAGUUUCUCCGGUUUGCCGAAACUCACCGCACUGUGCUGAAUCAGAUCCUGCGCCAGUCCACCACUCACUUGGCCGACGGGCCUUUUGCGGUGCUGGUCGACUACAUACGCAUCCUCGACUUUGAUGUCAAGAGGAAGUACUUCCGCCAGGAGUUGGAGCGGCUGGACGAAGGCCUGAGGAAGGAGGACAUGGCCGUUCACGUGAGGAGAGACCACGUGUUCGAGGACUCCUACCGGGAGCUGCAUCGCAAAAGCCCCGAGGACAUGAAGAACCGGCUGUACAUCGUGUUUGAAGGCGAGGAGGGCCAGGACGCCGGAGGCCUGCUGAGGGAGUGGUACAUGAUCAUCUCCAGGGAGAUGUUCAACCCCAUGUACGCCCUGUUCCGCACCUCGCCGGGCGACCGCGUCACCUACACCAUCAACCCCUCAUCUCACUGCAACCCCAACCACCUCAGCUACUUCAAGUUUGUGGGGCGCGUUGUGGCCAAGGCGGUCUACGACAACCGGUUACUGGAGUGCUACUUCACCCGCAGCUUCUACAAGCACAUCCUGGGCAAGAGCGUCAGGUACACGGACAUGGAGAGCGAGGAUUACCCAUUCUUCCAGGGCCUGGUUUACCUGUUGGAGAACGACGUGUCCACACUGGGCUACGAGCUGACAUUCAGCACUGAGGUCCAGGAGUUUGGGGUGUGUGAAGUGAGAGACCUCAAGCCAAAUGGCGCCAACAUCCUUGUUACGGAGGAGAACAAGAAGGAGUACGUCCACCUUGUGUGCCAGAUGAAGAUGACCGGUGCAAUCCGCAAACAGCUGGCGGCCUUCCUGGAGGGGUUCUAUGAAAUAAUCCCCAAGAGGCUGAUCUCCAUCUUCACCGAGCAGGAGCUGGAGCUGCUCAUCUCCGGUCUGCCCACCAUCGAUAUCGAUGACCUGAAGGCCAACACCGAAUAUCACAAAUACCAGUCCAGCUCCAUUCAGAUCCAGUGGUUCUGGAGGGCCUUGCGGUCUUUCGAUCAGGCAGACCGGGCCAAGUUCCUCCAGUUUGUCACCGGCACGUCCAAGGUUCCCCUUCAGGGUUUCGCCGCUCUGGAAGGCAUGAACGGCAUCCAGAAGUUCCAGAUCCACCGCGACGACCGAUCCACCGACCGCCUGCCAUCCGCUCACACCUGCUUUAACCAGCUGGACCUUCCAGCCUACGAGAGCUACGAGAAGCUGAGACACAUGCUGCUGCUGGCCAUUCAGGAAUGCUCGGAGGGAUUCGGACUGGCUUAAACCAUCAGACUCUUAACACACACACACACACACACACACACAAACACACACACACACUCAAGACAUGCAUACACACUUAAUUUAGAUCCGCCUACUCCUGACACAUUCACACUGAUAACCUUUGAGCGCACGCACACACCAUCAUAGACACGACUGGAUUACUUGUUGAAUGGCCUCGACUCGCCGGUCUCCGGGCCUCGUAAAGGCGUCGGAGCCAGCGAGUGAAUCAGACUGACACCGCGACAACAGAGAGCCUCAUUCUGACACACAGACAGGGGUUCAGAGGAUAAAAACAUGGACUAAUAUAAGAGAUGUUUUCUUCAUUUAGUUUGAUUUCUCUGUACAAAAGGUUUGGGAGUUUAUUAUGUUCAAUCUUUUUUGUUCUCUGGCUGUGUAAAAAGAAAAUAGAGAAUGUUGUUUGAACAGGAUGGUUAUAAAACCUUUGGGGAAAAAACGUUGGCGGUUUCCUGUUUGUGACCUCACGAGCCUUGACGACGGGGAGCAUUUUUAUGGGGGGUGUAUGAACAACUUGAGAAGUUUGAGAUAUUCACAAAAAUGCACUUUUCAAAAAGUUUUGUGGCAUUUUUAAGGAAGGAUGGUACAAAAAAAUAUGAAGAGAAAAAAAAAAACCUGAAGGAGGUGAAAAAGAAAAAAAAAAACAUUAACCAUAAAUUCUAGAGUAUUUUUGGCUAUUAAAUUGCUGACCCAGCCUUGAGCCUUUGAAUCAGAGUGGAAUAACUACAUGAAUAAAUGCAUAAACUUGCGUUCAUUGUCUCAUUUUAA